AUGUGGGUGGGAGGUUAUCCAAACCAGAUGCUCGGUGGCGCUUUAGAGAACAUAUGCAGUCGAAAACCUCCCAGACUGCAAAGGGCUCACACACACCCUCCAAGGAUAUAUGUCAGCUUCGCCGAAGCGACCUUCCUUAUCCCAGAUGACCGCUCCGUUCUGAUCCUUGAUGGUCUCGCUUACUGGUGGUUUCCGGGGGCCGGUCGCACGAAUCAAGCAAAGCAUUGCCGGUGUUCCGAGCCUCUUAACUUUCCGUGCCCACCAGACUUCACGACCGGCUCUCACGCUCACUUUCACUUGACAUCUGAUUAUUCGUCAAGCCAAAUUAUAUUCGGCACCGGCCGGGUUAUGUCUGGGAGAUUUAAGCAGUGCCACUGUUCAAUGUUAUACAAGGCCUUUGGACAUCCAGGGAAAAAGCCACUGGCAAAUGCUGGAGAGGAUUCAUUAAUUCGCUGUGUUGUUGGUCUGCGAAAACCGGAUGAAUCACCGUGCGCACAUCCAAACGGGGAUUCCCACGCAUCGUCCGAUGGUGACGACUUGGCCGAACCAGUCACCUUGCCGGGUUCUCUUCUCGCCCAAACGCUUUUCCGUUUCGAAGUCGGCCAUCCAACUGUUCUGGCUGCUAGCCUCUGUACCCAAUCUAAUGAAAGGCUUUGUGCUUGGGCGAAACAUCCCAUGCUUUCUCGCGUCAUCGAGGCUUUGCUUAACUCUCCUUCCGUCUCACUGAACCGGAAGUCCUACUUGAUUUCAGUAUUCGAAGAUAUUGCCAGGCUGUCCAAGUCUAGACAGGGAAGUCGAGAGGCAGAAAUCGAGUUCGAAACACAGACCUUUCGAUCAGUAAAUUCGCGCUCUAACCACUUGGGCCAUCUCGCACCAACGAGGCAUCGUCUGGCAGUUGAAGACUCUACCGGUCGGCUGAGUUUCCGAUUAGCACCUCGCAUCUCGAAGUCAGUCAAGCAACGACGUUCAAUUCAUCUGGAUACUUUUACUGUUUGUACGAUGGAGCAGUCCAGAAAACCGAUUGCACUUGCUGUAAUACUGUACUCGCUUGGCAUUGAUGUGUGCCGCCCAUCCGAAACGGAAAUUCAAGAUCCAAACGCAUUCCUCAUUACCUUCCGAUUUUGGCUGCGCACUCUCGGCGAUUUAGAGGCCGUUGUGGUAGGCUGUCUAGAGGUCGGUAUCGUCCUCAGUUACCGUGCGAAACGACCCUUGUUCAACUGGUUAAUGGUCGAUAGUCGCUUCCGUCGAGGAGUUUCACCAGCGUGA